AUGGAAGAUAAUAAAGAAGAAAAUUGUGAACUGAAUAAAAACAGUUAUCCAAAUUUUCACCUAGCAGAUUUAUUUUAUCUUUUACAAUUAUCUAAUAUAUCAAUAAAUGAAAGGAAUGAAUUAUUACAAUCUCUUUUUGAUGAAAUAAAAAAAAAUCAUAUGUAUCCUUAUUAUAAUUAUAUAUGUCAUGAAUUAAAUUUAAAUUUUGAUGAAGAAUUUUAUAAAAGUUUAAAAGAAAAAGCUGAUGAAGAAUUAAACGAAAUAGAAAAUAAACUGUCCGAGUCAGCUGAAAAUUUUGAUUCUUUAGAUAACAAAAAUGAUGUUUUACUCAAGGCAAAUUUUUUCUGUAAAAUAAGUGAUAAGGAUAAUGCCAUUAAGGAAUAUGAAGAAACUUAUAAAAAAGGAAUCGGUAUGGGCAUGAAGCUAGACAUCCUCCUUACUAUGAUAAGAAUUUGUAUAUUUUAUAACGAUGUUAAGAAUUUAAAGAAAUACUUAGAACAAGCUAGAACACAAAUGGAGAAGGGAGGAGACUGGGAAAGAAAAAAUAAACUUAAAAUAUAUGAAGCAUUAAAUUAUAUUAUGACAAGAAAUUUUGCAGAAGCAUCAAAAAUAUUGAUAGACGCAGCUUCUACAUUUACAGCUACAGAAAUUAUAUCAUAUGAAAAAAUUAUAUUCUACGUCGUUAUUCUUGGAAUAAUGACAGAAGAAAGAACCGUUUUGGACAAGAAGAUUCUAAACAGUUCUGUAAUUUUACAAAUCACAAGCAGUGAUGAAGAUUUACACACUUAUUUACAUUCCUUUUAUCAUUGUGAUUAUCGAACUUUUAUGGAGAAAACCAUAAAGAUUGCCAUGAGAGUAAAAAGAGAUAGAUAUUUAGGUAGGCAUUACAGAUAUUUUAUUAGAAAUACUAGAGUAAGAGCUUACAAACAAUUCUUAGAACCAUUUAAAAAUGUGACUCUUAAAAAUAUGGCUUUUGCUUUUGGAGUUAGUGAAGAAUUUAUUGAAAGUGAAAUAUCAUCAUUUAUUGCAAAUGGAAAAUUAAACUGUAAAAUUGAUAAAGUCAAUGGAUCGAUUGAGAGCAAUCAACCAAAUGAGAGAAACACAAUGUAUCAAAAUACUAUUAAAAAGGGGGAUAUCCUACUUAACAGAAUUCAAAAAUUAUCAAGAGUAAUUGACAUGUGA